CAUACAUUAGACUUACGAAGUUGUGGCGUGACAUAUAUAAAGUAUUAUAAAGAUGAAACGCCCAUUGCUUUAUAUAUCUAAUCUGCCCAAUCUGUAAAGAUUACACAUGACGAAGAAGCGCGUUGAAUGUGGGCGUUCAGUUGAUAACGCACGUUUAUAAGUUAAUAAGAAAUUCUGUCAAUCUGCCGAACUAAAUUGUUCAUUCAUCAGUAGCUAAAUAUCGCUGAAAAAAUAUAUACCUACGUUUGUGUGAUUAAGAUUACGUUCGGAUUUUACAAUUUAUAAAGGAACCUUACACUUUAAUUUUUAAAAUGCCUGAUGAAACUUAUUCGUUUGAACACAACUUAUUUAUUUAUGACGAUUCCAGAACGAAAAACAUAACAAAGUUUAAAGCUCUAUUAAAAAACGCGGCAAAUAAUUAUUUGGACAACAAACAACGAACAUUAGAAAUCACUACAGAAAACUCCAAUGGAUACUCCACUGAAUACAAUGGAGAGAUAUUCAAGAAAAUCAAUGCAAAAAUAAUUGGUGUAACCAAACAAAGCCAACGUUACAGUUGUUAUGAAAAGGAAGAAGAUACACAACUUCAACAAGAUUCAUUUAAAAAUGAUGUUACUACACCGAUUAAAAAGUAUGAAAACAGUUAUUUACUACAUACCAACCUACAUCAUCACGCAGCUCACGUCGAACCGCAAACAUUUAUUUCAACUUUAGAUAUUUACACUCCCCUUUUAAAACCAGAGAUUGAAAGCGAAGCAAUAUCAACUAUAGAACAUUACAAUACACCCAAAUACAUGGAAAUUCCGUACAUGCACUCCAAAAUUAUUAUCGAACUCACCGAGUCAACUUAUGUCACCUUUCCAUUGAAUACUAUAUCUAAUAUGGUAGCUAAAUUCCUUGAUGAUCUCAAUGAUGACAAUUUCAUAAUGAUGACAAUAUCGUCAUUUAAUCAUGAAAAUCCAUCGAUUCCUUGCCAUCCAGAAUACACCAUGAUUUUACAAAAAUCAGAAUUAAAUCUAAAUGACAAUAAGGAACUUUUAGCGUUUAAAAGCAAAGAGGAAUGGUUCGAAAAUCAAAUGUUAAUCAUGAGCACUACAAAUUAUCAAAACAAAAAAAUGGAUGUUGCAGCAAGUUUUUAUUCAGUUGAUGGUAAAGGUCUCAAAGUUAAAUAUAUUGAUGAUAACAUCACUCAUUUUGAUAAUAAAGAUGGCAUUCAGAACGGUGGCCAACUAGAAAACUGUUCAUCUGGACGUAACAACAAUGAAGAAUUAUUGUUGUUGACUUCAACGAAUGAACCACCGAUGAAUAACGAUAUAAAAGUUAGAAUUGAAAAUGAUGAAGAUCAGAUAUUAUUCAUGCCAAAUACUCAGUUGCCUGUGGUGUGCAAGUAUUGGCCACUUAUUUUAUAUUUAAUACUUUGCGCUUCCCUCUUAUUAUACUAUUUCUUUUUUAACAAUAUACCGUCCGGCGACACCACAGUGGCGUCGCGCACAAAUGAUCGCUCAAUGGCCGGCAUCACCACAUUGGUGUCGGCCAAAAGUGGUGUCGGUCGAAGUAAUCUGAAUUAGUGAAGACAUUAGAUUUUUGACGGGGACUGGAUAAAUAAAAGAAAUUAAUGUAUUAAUAACAUAAAUAAAUAAUACAGAAAAUGGAGAGGAAGAAAAUAAAUACUAUAAAAUUUGAAAAGAUAAAAUAGUAUGAUGUAUCAGCUGUUAGAAUAAGAGUGGAUGGAAUUAUAUACGAAUUGCAGAGAAAAUAAAAAAAUGUUACGCUUUAUAAGUAAUGAACGUACAUAAAGUUAAUAAUAUCUUGAUAAUAGUAUAAAGUAAUAUAAUAACAGUAUAGAGACAUAGAAAAUGUGCGAUGAGUCAGUUAUGUAGAAAAGAAACGGUUGAAACUAAACGAAGUAUGAAUAGGCGUGAAACGAUAUGAGUAUUACAAAAAAAAAGUGUAAAACAUAAACAGAUGCCUUGUUGAUGUAAUAUCAGAUUUUAUUGUAGAUAGCACAUAGAAAAAUACAAAAGAAUUGAAAAGACUCUGAAAAUAUCGCUUUAAUUUUUACUAUAGUUUGAUUUCGUUAGUUAUAUUAGUGCAAAGAUUUAAAAUACAAGACAUGUGUCAUUAUGAA